UACUGCAGAUAAUUAUGUUUUUAUGGUAUUAACUCUUUGUAACAGAGCUUACUCUUGGACUUGUGCAUCAGAAUUUCAAGGAUGACUUGCAGAACUAAAUGCCAUUAAAUAAAAUAAGAAAGAGGAAUGAUAGUACCUUAUAAAUUUUUUAUUUAACAUAAAGCAAAACCAAUGUGUUAUUUUAGCUGCAGUAAAAACAUUCAAGUAAAAGUUCUCUGCCUGAAUAAAGGGGGAACAGACACAAAUAAGCACUGGUCACAUUUCCACUGACAUUUCAACUCCAAAGUAAAAAAUAGUAAAUAGUCUGGGUAAAUAGUCCCACAUUUUAAGUCACUAUAAUGGGAGGCUUAUCAUAGUGUAACUUAUUAUAUAUUUCCUGGACUGGUGUCAGAAAAUCUUUUUAUUUAAUGACAGUUUUCAUGAUAAAAACUAACUCUUGAACCCAAGAGUUGGUUGUUUUUUUUUAACCGAUUGACUCAAAUAAGUUAUUGAUUACUUAGUUUAUGACCUGAUUUAACUCUGGAGAGGAAUAAAGUAGGAGGGGAGAAGAUAAGAGGAAGCGUGUUGCCCAACAGGUGAAAAACCUGCAAACACGUCUUCCAUCUGAGGAGUGAUUGUCUCUGGAGAAAUCACAGUUUUCCUACAAUCUGACCUCAAACAGGUGUGCAAUUUUCACCUGCAGCCUUGUACAGCCCGGAUCUCGACAUGGGCAGCACAGAAAAUCCGUUUUCUGAUUCAGAUUUUCUGGGAAAUGAUGGCUUCUCACCCAAUCUGACAGCUGCCAACACCAGCUUGCUUUACCCGUCUUUUCUGUCGCCAGUGAUGGAUAAAACCACCAACAUAAUAAUGAUUAUAGUGCUGUUUAUCAUGAUGGUUUCACUGGGAUGCACCAUGGAGGUGACCAAGAUCAAAGAUCACAUACUGAAACCAAAAGGUGUGGCCAUCGCAAUUCUCUCCCAGUAUGGCAUCAUGCCUCUAACAGCGUUUUGCUUGACUAAGGGGUUCCAGGUGACUGAAAUCGCAGCUGUGGUGAUUCUGAUCUACGGCUGUUGUCCUGGUGGAGCCCUGUCCAACAUCCUGGCUCUGGCUAUAAAGGGAGACAUGAACCUCAGCAUUGUGAUGACCACCUGCUCCACACUGCUGGCUCUGGCCAUGAUGCCUCUGCUGCUCUACCUGUACUGCCACGGCUUCUCCAACGUGCAGAAAGCGGUGCCGUACGUGGGUAUCAUCACAUCCCUGGUUGGGAUCCUGAUACCUUGCGGAGCCGGCAUCCUCAUCAACUACUUCCGGCCGCAGUAUACAAAGAUAAUCACUAAAGUGGGCCUCGGUGUUUCCAUGAUUUCUAUACCUGUCAUCUGCGUCAUUUCCACCGUUCAAAAAGAAAGCCCCCCCUUUAAUAUAUUCUCGCCUCCUCUCAUGGCCAUCGCCGUCCUCCUGCCCCUGAUUGGCUACACCUUUGGUUACAUCAUCUCCUGGGUCUUCAGGCUCCCACAGCCAGAGCGGAGGACCGUUGCUAUGGAAACUGGCUGUCAGAACAUCCAACUGUGUGCCACCAUAGUGAAGGUAGCCUUCCCCCCCGCUGUGAUCGGACCAAUGUACCUGUUCCCAUUAGUCUUGGGGUUCUCCCAGUUGACCGAGGCGGUACUGCUCAUCGUUCUGUUCAGGUGUUACCACUGGUUCACGACAAAAGGAAAAGAUUCAUAUCAGCCGACGUCGACAGAGGAGAAGCUGAAGGAGAUUUCUGAAGGGACUGCAUGACCACCGCGUCCCCCAAAUAAAAAAAUAUCACUUUAAACAAGUGGAAAAGUGUCGCAAAACCAUCCAUCCAUCCAUUUUUUGGUCACCGUUGUCCCUAAUGGGGUCAGGAGGGUUGCUGGUGCCUCCAGCUGCGUUCCAGGUGAGAGGCGGAGUUCACCCCGGACAGGUCGCGUCACAAAACCAUAUUAAAGACAAAACUUGUGGUUUAUUAAAAUUGAUUUAUUCA